AUGGCGUCCACUGAACCUGCAGACAGUAGUGCUGUCAAUGCAAGCAACAAUGAGCCCAAGAAGAAAAUCAUUAUCAAUGCAUUUGACAUGUCGACCAUUGGACAUCUUUCUCCAGGCCAAUGGAAGGCAAACAAGUCAGCAACCAAGCGAGAUCUUCAGUAUUGGAUCGACCUCGCUAAGCUGCUUGAAAAGGGAGGCAUCAACGCCCUCUUUCUUGCAGACACAUACGGCGGAUAUGACACCUAUGAGGGAAAGCUCGAUAACUGCAUUCGUCGCGCUGCCCAAUGGCCCAUGACUGAUCCAACUAUCCCGAUCAGUGCUAUGGCAGCCGUGACCAAGAAUUUGGGGUUUGCCAUCACUGCUUCAACUUCGUUUGAGCCGCCGUUCCUCCUUGCCAAACGCUUUUCAUCGCUUGAUCAUUUCACACAGGGAAGAAUUGGCUGGAAUAUCGUUACAAGCUGGAAGAAAGCAGCUUUCAAAGCAAUUGGACUGGACAGUCCCAUCGCACACGAUGAGAGAUAUGAGCAGGCUGAUGAGUAUCUACGCGUUCUCUAUAAACUCUGGGAAGGGUCUUGGGCUGACGACGCUAUCUCCCCUGAUCCAGAGAAUGACAGCUACGCAGAUCCGGAUAAGAUUCGAACUAUCCAUCACCAUGGAAAGUUCUUCGACUUGGAUACUCGUCAUAUUGUCGACCCAUCGCCUCAACGAACGCCUUUCCUCUUUCAAGCUGGCACCUCGUCAGCUGGCCAGACUUUUGCUGCAUCCCAUGCCGAGGGUAUCUUUGUCUCGUCCCAUUCACCAGCAAUUCUGAGGCCCAAGAUCCAAGCCAUUCGAGAACAGGCUGCUAAGCUAGGCAGAGAUCCUCAGUCUCUCAAAUUCUUUGCAACAUUCACGCCCAUUGUCGGCCGUACCGAUGAAGAAGCGCAGGAGAAAAUGGAGGAGCUGAAGAAGUAUGCCUCUACUAUUGGCGGUUUGGUGCUCGUCAGCGGCUGGACAGGCAUCGACCUGUCGCGAGUCCCGCUUGAUCAGGAACUCACUUCUGCAGACUCACUUGAGCAGCAUAGAGUCCAGAGCCUUCUCGAUGCAUUUACUGUGACGAGUCAGGAUAUUCCAAAGUGGACACCUAGAGUGAUCGCAGAGAAAGCAGCUAUUGGAGGACUUGGACCAGUUGCGGUUGGAAAUCCUCAAAAGGUUGCUGAUGAGAUGGAGCGUUGGAUUAAGGAGGGCGAUCUGGAUGGGUUCAAUAUUGGAUAUGUCACAACUCCUGGCACUUUUGAGGAUCUGGUGGAGCUCUUGGUUCCUGAGCUUCGACGAAGAGGGUUGUAUCAUGAGGCUCCUAGUGAAGGGGAGUAUACUUUGCGUGAGAGGGUCUAUGGCGCGGGUCAGGCUGGUUUGCGUAGUGAUCACGUCGGUUCACAGUACAAGUAUGACGUGUUCAAGGAAGAAGAGCAGUAA